AAAUGUGAUAUAUCUGUCCCGGUGAAGUGGUUAAUUGUUUGUGACUUUUGUUUUUUUGUUUUUGUUUUUGUACUUUGUGUAUGGAGGGGGUCACUGCUAUCGUCUGGAUAUACAUUUUGUGUGGUGUAUGGUGUUGCCGCAAGUGAUUCGCGCUUUCCAUCCGCAAAAGACUCGGCUCGUCGUCAUUUGGUGGCGCGUGCUCAACUCUUCGACCCACGUCAGGCCAACCAGAAUCAGCGGGAACAUUUGCGCUGCCUCUGCCUCUGCCUCUGCAUCUGCUACUUUCAACACCACACCCACGAGUCCACGAUAUCGUCGACCACCGAGACGAUUGCUCCAUUGCCUUGACCACCGCCCCGCGCAUAUUAUCACCACCUUCGCCUGAACUUUCAGGAAUGCACCAGGUAAGCAACACGUUCUUUCGCUCCAUCCAUCAGCCUCGUGGGGGUACCGCCCACCGCCCACCUCCCUGCUUUGGGCUCCCCCUCCACGUCCCCUCGUCCCCUCCUUUGCCCAGGAAGGCCGAUGGCCAAGUAAUUCACGCAUGCGCUCGUCAUCUCGGAUUCUCCCUCUCCCCUCUCACUCUCUCCCCUCUCCUCUCCCUCAUAAACGUGAUAUUGUGGCAGCAAAAGUGCGCGUUCGCUACUCACAACGUUGUUAUCGUCCUACCUUCUCUCCCCUCUGUCAAGUGUCUCGGGCCGUGUGGGUACUCUCGUACGCGGUGUCCUGCUUCUAUUUGCGAUCGGCCUUUUCUGGCGCCGAAUUGUGAUAUCUUCUCCAGGUCCUCCAGUCGACCGCUUUCGAUCUCUUUUUCUUCUCCAGAAUCACGUCUGCCUGGUCCUACCCAUACUUGUUCAAUCUCGAUCUCGUUGCGUCUCCAUACCGCGCGGCAACUUGGUCCACGUCUAAAAUUACCGUCCACAAAGCACAUGCUGAUUGUACCCCGCAGUACCACGAAUUUCUUGUACCAACUGUAGCAUGAUAUGGCCGCGGUCAUCAGUGACUACGGCAGCGAUUUUGGAUCGGACACCACACGAUCCCACUAUCAUCGCUCUCUGAACAUGAGAAGUGCAUCUGGGCAACAGCGCUGCUCUGCUGAAUCUACAUAUCGACAGUCCUCACGAGUGGAGCCCCCCAGUCCUCGACCUCAUCCCUCUACUACUACGGAUGCCGUCGGAUCGAGCCCAUGCACAAGAUCAACACAACAUGAUUCUGGGGUGGAAAUUGUGGAAGGAAAGACGGAAGUGAACGCAGGACAACAACCAUCCCCACCCUUGAGCUCGAGUCCUCAGCCGACCUCUCAUAUAAGAACCCGAUUCCCAAGUCAGGAGAACAUGGCCAGAAAUACUACUCAAUCCCAGAGAUCACCCUACGAUAACCCUGCUUUAAGAUAUGAAUCACUGAAUAGUGCUACCCAAGAAUCUGCGACCCAGCCUCCUCUUCCAAGACCGGUCAAAUCGUCGGAUGAUGUCAAAGGUUAUAUUGGAAAUCCCAUCAAAGUCCGAGAUCUUGCGCACAUCCAAGCUCUUACCACCGAGGAACAUGCAUCCGGGGGAGGAAUGGGAAGACGGCGAGCCGCGGAUGACUCAACCCCAAAAUAUGAAAUUAGUGGGAUGCCAAUCACCGAUAUUAUUGAGAUGGUGGCUGGUCUUCUCACAAAAAUGACCACAACAAAUGAUCAGCAACAAAAUAAUGUGCAUCGCCCCCUAUCAUCUGGGGAUCCUUCUGCCAACAUGAGCACAGAUUCUUCCAGCGUUUUGGCUUUUCAUGGAAAGAAUGUGCCCAGCAUUACCAUUUUGAGUUAUUUGAGCAGAAUACAUAAGUAUUGCCCAACAACAUACGAGGUUUUCUUGAGUUUAUUAGUAUACUUUGAACGCAUGACCGAGCGUGUCAAUGCUAGUCUUCUUCAAAAUUUACGUCGAGAUUCUUCGGUGGAUCAGGAGAAUACAAGACCUUCUACUGGAUCGUCGAGUUCCGAGGCUGAUAGCCCACCUACUACCUCUAGAAGUGUCCCAGAAAUGGAUGCUGAUUUUCAGAAAGCUCAAUACACUCAUACACCAGCUGGACCUAGUUCUGCUUCCCUACCCCUAUCACCCCCUUUUAUCGUCGAUAGUUUCAACAUUCACAGACUUGUGAUUGCUGGUGUUACUUGUGCUAGCAAGUUCUUUUCUGAUGUGUUUUACACGAAUUCUAGAUAUGCAAAGGUAUGUUGAUUCACGUUAUUUUCCCCCCAUUUGCCUUCUUUAUGAAUCAUGCGCUAACAUUCAUCAUAGGUUGGAGGACUCCCUCUUGCGGAAUUGAAUCAUCUUGAGCUUCAGUUCCUUCUCCUAAACGAUUUUAGAUUGUCUAUUUCUGUAGAGGAACUCGAGGCCUAUGGUACGAUGCUGGUGGAGUUUUACGCGAGAGAAGUCAUUGCACAACGUAAUGGUUCCUUGUCAGCCACAUCACAGAUGGCGUAUGCUGAUGAAGCUGCUGCGCCUGGACCUACUUCACCCUGA